AUGAAUAAAUCCACAAAUUCGUUAGUAACCAGAUUUGAAUAUAAGUAUUUAUUUUAUGCCUUAUCAUUUGUAUCAAUAAAUUUAGGAAUAUGUAAUGAAUAUAUCAAGAAAAAAAAAUUAGCAUUUAAAGAAAAGGGGGAACCCAAAAUAUACUUUUAUUUAUCUAACGAUAAUUUUGAAUAUAUUGAUAGAAAAAAGUAUAAUAAUAGAAUCGAACAAAUAUGUAAUAAUUUUAACGUGCCAAUAAAUUAUUUUUGGAAAGGGGCAAAUAAUUACUUUCCAAUAGAUUAUCAUUUACAAUAUUUAAAUAAUGUUUUUGAAAAAUUGAAAAAAAAAUUAAAAAAUGUUUUGGAAAAAGAAAACCAAUUUGAUCAAAUUGUAGACAAACUUGUUGAAGAAAUUGUAACACAUUUUAAUGAGCAUGCCCAUGACACAAAAUUGGCAAGUUUGGCAAGUUUGGAAAAAAGGGAGGAAUUUUUAAAAAACUUAAAUUUUGAGCAUCUAAAGGAGUUUAUAUUAAAGCGAAAAAAAUUGGAGAAAAAAAAAAUAGAGAGAGAAAAAGCAGAUGAUAUAUUAGACAGUUUUAUUGAUGAGUUAUAUGCAUACUGUUAUUUAUAUUUACUAAUUAAUUAUAAACGAAAUAACUUUUUUGAUUUUAUAAAAAUUAAAAGAUCUUAUAGACAUUGUAGUGAAAAUGCUUCAAAAGAUAUCGGCAUCGAAAUAAAUAAUUAUCUCGGAAUAGGCGGCGAAAAUGGUGGUGGCAGCGAAAGUGGUGGUGGCAUUUCCGAGGUUUUAGAUAAAAAUUCGAAUUACAUUAAUCAAGCUUCUUAUGUGUUAAAUAUUGAUACAAUAAAUGAAAUUAAAAAAAGUUUAGAAAAAUAUGGAGUAGUUGUAUUGAAAAAUUUUUUACCAAAAGAAAAUGUAAAGAAAAUAAAAAAAGAAUUAUUUUUGGAUUCAAAAAAUAAUGUAAAUGUGUCUCCACUUUUAAUGGAUAAAGAUGCAAAUGUAUUUUGUAUUAGACCAACAAGAGGAAGACAAUAUUGUAUAAUUCGAAAUAGUAAAAUAAGUGAUAUAUUUGUAAAUAUACAACAAUAUUGGUUAAAUAUUAUUUAUUCAUAUUUACCAGUAGGAAUAUAUGAAAAUAUUUUUAAUAUUUUUGAUAAAAAUAGUAUAUUAAAUAAUUCCGAAUUAAAUAAAUUAAAUAUCAAAAAUGAAUAUAAUGAUAAAUUGUUUAUAUCAGAAUUACAAUUAUUAAAUAAUGAGCCUCUAAGUGAGAUACAAUCUUAUCAUGUUGAUAAUGGAGUAAGUGGGUUAAGUAUUAUUAUGCCUUUAAAUAAAAUAAAUGAAGAAUCUGGAAAUUUUGAAUUUUUUUUAGGAACCCAUUUAUUUUCUUAUUUAAAAGAAAAUGGAAAUUUAACAACAUAUAAUAAGGGAUAUAAAAAUAGUCGAAUUAAAAAAUCUAUUUAUAAUUUUAAACGUUUUAUGAACAUAUAUUAUCAAACAGGAUCAGAAUUUAUACCGAAAGUUCAAGAAACAGAUUUAAUUAUUUAUGAUUCUAGAAUUAUACAUAGAGGAAUGUCUAACAAUUUGUGGGUUAAAAAUUCAUCUCUAAUUUAUCGAUAUGACUAUAAAAAAUAUCCUCCCCCAGGACAAGAUUUUAUUGAUAUUAUAUCUUAUAGUUUUAUUGGAAAAUGUAUUUCUUUCUUUAAUACAUUAGGUCGAUAUAUAUAA